ACAUGGUUGGAGAAUGGGGUUGUGAAGAGAGUUUGCCGGUUUUGUAGUCGAUGGGUAUCAGGUGGCAGCAGAAUCGAUGAGUCAGCUAGGAGAAUGGAUAAACCCUGGAAUACCAGUGGUAGUUCAUCAUGGCCUAAAACAAAGAAGGGAAGCUCAAAAAAGAAGAACUCCAAGAGGAAGGCGUCAAGUUUACCAGCAGUCCCUGCUGUGUCUGGUGUAAUCACGAGGCCCAGCCCACCCACCUAUCAUCCCAAAAGUGUCCAGCCCCAGGUGAGCCUCAGCAGUACUCUGUACACUGAUGCAUCAUCAUUGAGGGUUCAAGCGGGAUCAGUCCGUCCCAGAAGUGCUCACCGUGCAUGCAGUCAGAAGAGUUUUGAAGCUGACCCACCCAGACCUAGGAGUGCUCAAAGUAGUGCCCAGCUCACAAACAGCACUCACGGUAAACAGGUGUACUAUAGCUCUUCUUUUGAGUGCCUGGUUGAUAGUCUUGACCCUUCACCCAAAGGGAAUAGUGUCCCCAAAAACACGGAGUACUACAACACCCUGAAAAUCUGGACUCGGUCCCGACGGGCUAGAGACAUCUUUCCUUUUGAACAGCUUCCCACAGAUUGUAAAUUGAAAGUCUUCUCCUAUUUCUCUGCCCCAGAAAAGGGCGAGCUUGCCUCUGUUUGUCGUGAAUGGAGGGAUCUGAUGAAGACAUCAAGUCUGUGGAAAAAUGUGGACUUCACGCAGUUCCCAUUCACAUGUUUACCGAAAACCCGCCAUUUCAGCCCAGAAGGACGUAUGCACUUUUGCUUCCAAUGUCACCGCAAACGGGUCCACAAAUUCAUUAAGUUUAUCAUCAAACUACGUCCUUUGGUGACGAGGUUGGUGUUUAAUUAUGACAUCGCUGACACAUGUGAUGGUUGGCUAACAAUGCUUCAUCAGCUCCUGGACAAUCUGCCCCUGCGUGAUUUGGUUUAUGUGCAGCUCAAGUGGAAGGACACACCCAUGAAAUCAUUCUGCCUAGAUCCCGUGGAUUUAGGAGACAACACUGAGACCAUUGUUUACCGCCACCGUCAUAGACAACGACUUUUUGUUCAGCUGUUUGAUAAAUUCACCACAUUGGCUUCUAAUGUGAAAACCCUCAUCCUACCAUUUGACUGGUCAGAGAAAUCGGUCACAUGUUUGUCUCGUUUGAAGUCAUUGCACUCACUCGUGCUGGAAAAAUAUUUUGUAUUUCAGCGUCUAGAUCAGGACCUUUUGUCAAAGCUGUUCACAGGUCUUCCCAGCCUGGAGCGUCUCAUGCUGGAGGUGUGGACCCCAAGUGGGAGGGGCUUGAUCAAGUACCACAUUCAAUCAGAAUCAUUGCGCUACCUUGACAUCUCUCAGAGUCGGGGGUUCUAUCUUCAGAACAUCUGGUUGCCAAGCCUGCGUCAGUUUUACGUGGCUCGUCAUCCGUGGAAUGGGCCCUUGAUACAAGCAGACCAGAUCAACCUACCUUGUCUAUAUGGUACACUGACAACAGGUGCCCCUAAACUGGAGAAGUUGAAUGGCCAUGUGUUGCAUGCGGACUGGCGGUGUAACCUGUACCCAGAUCUGGAGGAAGCCCUGAAAGCUGUCUGCUCUUGCAGACAGCACAAGCCAGGCUGGGCCAUGUGAUCCCAUGUCCCAAGAUGUACACAUUGUUACAUUAUGUGGGCUUCAAAAAUACAUUAUGAAUCUAGGUUUGUAGGAUAUUUUCUGUUAGUUAUAAAUGCUGCAUACAAGGUGAAUGUGACAGUGUGCUUCUUGGCUUGAUAGAUCAAAGUUAUCUCCUCCAUCAAUUAGCAAAACUGGUAUCCAAAUCAGUUGUAGACAUUAAGUAACAUGUAAUAUUCAGUCUUAAUUAGAAAAAUAUGAUUAUCAGUUAGGGGCAAAGCCUAACUUAUUGAUGCCUUUUUCACUUUGUGCAUAACUGAAAAUGAAAUGCAAGCAAAGUGCAGUAGAAGUAGUAGUUUGUAUUUGUUGAUAGUGGUAAAGAGCCUGUUAGUGAACCAUAAGUUAGUUGUUUGUGUCUAUUUAUUUUCUGUUUUGUUUUUGCUUUAAUGAAAUAUGGAUGCUUGGUUCAGUCUGUUGUAGGUACAUGUAUUUUUAUGCAGGUAAAUAUUCUGCUAACGAUAUUAGAAUAACACUAUUUUCUUCUUAGCUAUCGUAUGCAAGAGGUUCUUCUUGAUUUAAAUUGAUUAUCUCAGUUACUGAAGCUUGUUUGUGUGGAAGUGCUAUAUGGAAGUAUACUGCUGAGAAGAGGGUAACAAAGCCCAUGUAUACAAUGCUGUACAAGCACAAGUUUUGAAGUUGCAGUAAACAUUUCAGUUUCAUCCAGUAAUCACACAUAAAAAAAACACUAGCUCAUGAAUUAAAAGAAUGUCAAGUCUGUUUUCUUAAAUGAGGUAAUUGGCUGAAUGCAGAUAGUUUUGUUUCUAAGUUUUUAAUUCAAACCAUAGUGCCACAGCAGUUCUUGCAUGUAUUCAAUUAUUGGAACGCAAAUUUUAAACUUAUAUUCAACUAAAAGUAUUAAUUUUCUUUGAAGUUCACAUUUUAGGUUGUGGCCCAAAUCCUCAUUGUUCAUAUAUCAAAGGCUGUUAUAACUGUAUGCAUAAUGUAACAUGGAGAAUUACAAGUAAGUUUGCCUCAUUCCAUGCUGGUAGAGUGUAAAUAAUAUAUUUCACUUUGUGUUAAUCUUUGAAACCUGUGAGAUGUACUUUUGUGAGUGGAUAUUCACAUGGCUGCACACAUGGCUCAGUCAUUGUCAGAUUAUAUUUGACAUGCUAAUGCAAGUUCAAAUUUAUCCAAGCAUAAGUUUAUUGUUAUUACAUAUUUUCAGAGUAAGAUGCAAGCAUGCAACAGGGAUAUUUUUCAUCAAAUUUAGUGCACAUAAUUGUCACUGUGAAAUUGAUAUAAAUCAUAGCACUUAUUUAGAGCAUUCAAUACAAUAUGAGUACACCUGCACUGACUGAUAACAACCAGGUUAAAUAGUGAAAAGUUAUUUCUGCAUGGAAACUGAAACUAUUACAGUUGUAAAUCUCCAGUAUGUUAACGUUAACUACAUUCCUCUAUACACAUGUGUACAAAGGGAGAAUUGUUUUUAUAAAAUUGCUAUAAGAUGUUUUUAAAAUGUAGAUGGCUGAUAAAUAUGCAUAAGAUAUUUACAAGUUUGGUUGAAUAAGGAUUUUCUAGCGUAGUGAAUCACUAGAUAAAUGUUUCUUCUUUGUCUAACAGAGAUAACUUUGCUUUCUCCUUGAUUUCAUUUUGGUAUUUAUUUACAGAAAGCAGAACACAUUUUCACAACAAUUUGGAUAAGACAUUUGCUGAUGGUAUGCCUGUUAUAUAUAACACAUAUAUGACUUGAACAAAACUUUGAUCUCAGAUGGUGUCAUUUUCAUGGAAUUGACAACUCAUUUCCAAAAUCAUAAGUAUUGUGUGGUAUGGUGUAAUACCAGGAUUCAGAAAAAUUAUUCCUUUGCAUCACUAAGCAAACCUUAAGAAGCUGCUGUACAUUGAAUAAACUGUGUGUACAAGUGUCACAAACAGUUGGAUGCAACAUUGUUUUAUAUAUGACAUACUUACAUGAGUAGACACAUGAGCUCCUACAUGUAUAUUGUUUUUUUUUAAAGAAUGAUGUAGACCACCAAAUUAAAUGUAGUUAAGGUGUUAUAGUCAGUGCUUUAAAAAAAUUGCAGUCGUCAGUGAAGUCACAUAAAAUCUUUCUAAGAAGUGUUUUGUGUAACAAAAUCAUUUUAAGAAGUUGAUUUACAUUUCACAUGAUUUGGAAGAUAGUUGUCUAACAAAACAGUUGGUAUAUGUCACAUACCAUGUCAAGCUGUUAAAUGGCAUCUAAUGCUCACUCAUUUUGACUCGUCUUUGAGUAUUAAACCAUUGUCUAUUUACUUCCUCUCUUCAUGUAUAUGAGUUGAGUUUUGGUAAGUGCCAAGCCUUCAUGAAACAUGUACUGUUUUUUGUGCCAUAUCAACUAACAAAAAUGUAUGUUUCUCAUUAUUGUAAAGAAAAAGAAGUUUAAUACCAUUUUCUUAGCAUCACCAUGUUCGCUCAAUAGUGUGUAGAAAGGUUUUAAACCUUAGAAUACCACCAUGAGCACAACAGUGUGAAAUACAUAGUUAGGACUAUGAUAAAUAUAUGGACUGGGGAGAAAUGUUUCUUCCACGAACAUCUGAGAAUGACACCAUUCCAUUUGUAUCAGUAUUGAAGCAGUCCCUGUUGAUAGGUUUGUUUUUUUGUUGGUUUAUGUGUCAAGUGUUAAAACUCACUGUUACCUAUACAAAUCAAUUCACAUCAUCAUGUUACAAGUAAGUGCUGAAAAUUUCAGGUAGUCUUCCAGUCUUAAAGUAGAUGUAUACUUUUUUUUUCAAAUUUUUUAUUUUUCUGCUGUCAGGAAACCUGUUUAAUUCAGUCAUUGAGAUUUACUUUAUUAUUGUUGUGAUCUGUGGUUUGCUUUUUUUUUUUUUUUUUUUUUCGUUUAAAGAAUAAAGAAAAUAACAGAAGUUUGAUUUCUUUUAGUAGGUAUGCUGGUAAUAUUGUUCUGUUUCUGCUUGAUUGUUUUGGCAACAUGCUUAUGUUAGCUAUGUUAAGGUUUCACAUGUACAUUGUUUGUUUUUCUUAGAUAUUAUUUGAUACUUAUUAGUUAAUGUUACUGUGAUUUCAUUUUGUUAUCAAGGAGAAUUCAGCGUCAAGCCUAUGUCCCUUUGACAUCUGACCAGACCAAACCGCAUGUGGACAGAAAUACAUGAAAUACUUGUAUCAGUCUUUAUGCUCAGUGGAUCAGUUUUGCAGCUUGUGUCACAUUGGUGAAUCUACUGGACCUGUGUUAUGCCUUAAGAGUCGAAAAAAGUAUACCAGCUCAAAAUUCUCAGAACGUUAAAUGCUCAGUAAUUAAGUUAACUCAUAGAAGCCGCUCCUAAAAGACCCUAAGCGGUGUCCAGUCCCAAUGUAUGACAGAGUCAAAAACAACUCUAAAGAUCGGUUUUGAACUAGUCUCAGCUAAAUGUACGUGAACUGUACAGUUGAAAUUUGUGAGAUGAUCUGGCUGGUAAAUUACGUUUUGUUGCAGCUGUUCUGUGCUCAACAGGUGUGGCAUGGGUUUUUAUUCUCUGUGACUAGAUCACGGAGGCAUUAGACCCUGUGACUGGACCAUUGAGGCUUUAGGCUCUAUGUGACUGGACCAUUGAGGCUUUAGGCUCUAUAUGACUGGACCAUUGAGGCUUUAGGCUCUAUGUGACCAGAUCACUGAGGCUUUAGGCUCUUUGUGACCAGAUCACUGAGGCUUUAGGCUCUUUGUGACCAGAUCACUGAGGCUUUAGGCUCUUUGUGACCAGAUCAUUGAGGCUUUCGGCUCUGUGUGACUGGAUCAUUGAGGCUUUCGGCUCUGUGUGAUAAUAGGUUUUAGGUCCAGUGUGACAGUCACUGAAGAUUUAUGCUCUGUGACGGAAGCCUACACAGGCACGAAAGAUGAAACCUUCUCACGACACCAAAAUGUCUUAUUGAUCUCUUACAUUAUAACUUUGUGCUUUUAGGAGAAAAGCCAGAUUGUUAUGAUUGUUAAUGUGCUUUUCAUGUUUGUUUUGCUAAAUGUGAUCUUUAAGCCAUGUAAUGAUUGCAAAGUUAACAGUUUAGUUGGAGAAUGUGAAUACAUUUUAGUCCAUUGAUUUAGUAUGUGUGUAUGAACAAAUAUUUUUUUGAGAAUAUUUUUAUUGAAUAUAGAACCUGUAUAUAUGUGAUUGUGCCAUAUGAAGAAAGAAAUUUCACUCUGUAGAUGAACAGAUAGAUUAUGUCUGAUCCCAUUGCAUUGUUUUUCCCGUUUCAUAUCGGAGAAGCCACCUUAAAUAGCUAGCUAUGUGUCACAGAGGUUAAGGUGUCUACAUCAUUUUUAUCGGGAUCAACAAAUUUGUAAUUUUUAUGACAAGUCGUACAGUAGUAAAUAUUUUUUUCAAACUGCUGUCCGAAGUGGAAUGCUCAAAGACAACAUGGGUAGUACAAAAACAAGUUGUUUGGUGUUAUUUGAAGUUUGGCCUAUAGUAACACGAGCAGUAAUGAUGCAUAUGCCAUUGUCAUCCUUGCUCGAGAACAGAAUUAAGGCUACACGUCGUACUAUAGCACUGCUUGUUUAAACAACUGCUUAUGACAUUUCUUGUUCUUCAUAACAGACCUAUAUUGUGCCCGUAGUUGUCAGUCUGUUUGUGAAGUGUUAAGAGAUUUGGCAAAAGUUUGUUCAUAUUGAAGUUGUAUAAACAUUCUAUUGACCACUAGCUCAAAGGAUGUGAAAGCUGUUUAAAUAUGUGAAAAUGACCGAUGUGUACUGGCCUAUGUGUUGUAAUUAAUUGUGGUCACAUGUGGUGUUAUCAUUUUCACUUAUGUACACGUAGCUUACUUGUUCAUAUUUCUGUUAAUAGCUUCACAUGUAAAAUAACAAAAAGAAAAAUCCCUUUUGAUAUCUGUGCCUGAUUUAGCAAGACUCAAAGUCGGGUAGAAUUUUAGUAGAAGUGUAGCAUUGAGUGUUUCUCGAAAAAUACUUUGCUUAGGCAGAAACGCUUUUUGUGAAACAAGGUUUUGGUAUUUUUAUUCACUGCAUAGGGUGACUGUCAUUGUCAUAAGAAAGAAAUAUUAGAAACUUCUGUUUAAAAAUUGAACAGUGUGUUUAGUGCUCAGUGUGCUUGAUGGAAGAGUAUUUGCCCUUGCCUAUCAAGAGUGUUGUAAUUUGACAUUAAUGUAAUGGGUGAUCAUUAGCAUAAGUCAUUUCCCAUCACCACUAGAGACGUCUGCUGGUCAAGGGAAACAACUCAUGCUAUAAUAAUGUGGAAACCGUGGUAUUGUGAAUUAAUUAUGAUCUCUGUAAAGUCGUGUGUUUUUAAAUCUAGAAUGUUGUUCUUUCAUUUGUACAUGUAUGGCUUUGUGCUUGUUAAGGUGAAGGCAGAAAAUGUUGAAUUGUUUGUGGUUAUUAUUGAUUCUGAAUGCGCACAGAAAGUUGUUAGAUUGAUGAAGUAUUUAAGUGUUUGUUAUAUUGAGACUGGACUGAUUUCUGUUAAGGUUUUAUGUAUAAUUUUUUUUAUAUUUUUCUAAGGUGUCAAGAGCAUCAAUACUCAAGUAGCCCUACAGUGUUUACUGAUCUACAAAAAAAAAAGAAAAAA